GUCAAGCUUGAGGGGGGGGUGCAGACCUGCAGGCUGUUCCUCGGCGCGGUUGUCUUCGCCGCGGCGAUCUCUCCAAUCUACUCUUACACACCAGACUUAGACAACUACCGCGCCAGAAUUGCUCAGUCCCGAAUCGAUCUUGAUCUGUCACUUGCGCACCAGAAGUCUGCCUGGAUUACUACCUGGGACGACCACGAAGUCAGCAACAACGGCUGUCGUGACGAUUCAUCAGUCGUCAACAACACCGAGAGCUCCUUCUUCCGCAUCGGUGGUGUUUCUGUUGACCAGCGCAAGAUGGACGCUGUUCGCGCCUACUUCGAGUGUAUGCCAAUUCGCCAGGUCAACCUGAAUGACGAUCUGCAUAUAUGAAGGAAAUUUUAGAUGGGAAAGUUGUCUGACUUAAUUGUCCUUAACACACGAAACUAUGACCGUUCGAUUGUGGACCAAAAUAGACUACCAACUAUGUCACCUCCAUUAGGGACAAUGCAGGAAGGUCUUUGACGGCCUCAAACCAGGAAAAUUGAUUGUACCGCACUCUGUCAGAAAGUAAGGAGAAAGGUGCCACAUGGCGUGCUAUCAGCAACCAGACCAUCUUCUCGAGAGUUAACAUCUCCUCAUGGUUUGG